UAGGUGCCCGCACGGAGGACUCCUGAUUAAAUUCCCGUUAUAAUGGACACCAUACCACUUGUUGUCUGCACGGGCAGUGCGUCGACCGCACGCCCUUCUCACGCGAAUGUGUCAUCUUCACAUUCGGACAAAAUUUCGCAUAUAAAACUGUGCCGCGAUAGUUUAUUUGUAUUUAUUUUAUAGUUCAUAUCAGUUUGAUUUAUAAAAUGUGUGUUAAAGUUUUAUCAAUUUAUAUUCAAUUGGCGUUACUGUCAUACUGCGUGGCAGAUUGUGGACCUAUAUUAAAUUAUGCUUGGGGCGAUGCACUUCAAGGCACAGAUUGCCCCGGUCCGGACGGUACACCUUAUCCAAGACAUUUGGUGAAUAGGGCCUUAAAAUCCGGACCAUGGGGCCAAUCACGACAGGGUCGAGGACUUCGUACCCUGGACCCGACGUUGAUGAGGCGAGCUCUUCUAGAUGCGCACGAAGGUUACUCUGAGACCAAUGCCAGAGUCCAAACAGGCAAUAGAACCGGUCGUGCCACAAAUUUACCAGGCCUGUCUCCACUGUCAUCAAACUCGUGUGGGGGCACGAGAUUGUGCAGGACUCGUUACAACACCACCGCCCCCAUGUAUGGAGUCUCGCUUACAUCUGGACAGCCCGUCACCAUUGUUCAGAAGUUCCCGGAUUUGCUGCAACAAGUUGUUUUCGAGGUUUGCGAAUCAAGUGAAUGCUCCUUAGUGCGAGGAUCUUGCACACAAACGUAUGUGCCUUAUUUAUUCUUAGUACUUCCAUUGGGGCCUGUGACGUUAACUGGACAGGACUACGUGUUGGUGGAGUCAGGGUGUGUCUGCAGGCCAGAUCCUAUGCCAUAGGUGUAUCUUAAUUAGAUGUACGGAAUUAGCAAAAAUACGUCUAGCUUUUCUUAUAGAUAUAAGGAGGUAUAGGCAUAAAGUACCUAUGUUUGGAUAGAGAGAGAAUUGUCAGGCCUUAGAGUGGACGAUACGUUAGUUUUAUAAUUAGGUAUUGUAUGAAAAAUUUAAAAAUUCGCCUUACAUUCAUUAGAGUUAUAAGGAAUCAUUAUAUAUAUGAAUAAACAGGCAUAAACUCUUUUAGAUAUUUAACAAAUUUUUCAACGGUUGACACAUUUUCCCUUCCUGUGCAUGAGGCAGAAUGAGACAGCAACAUUCAGCGUCUCGUUCGUUCUUAUGGGUGGUAAUGAAUGCCUAUCUAUCAAUUGUUUCACUUGAUAUUUAUCUAGAGUGUUGGCUCUUCGUGUAAUUAGAUUGCGGUCGACUGACGUCGGUUAUCGCUACUGACCGCUUAAAAUGACAAUCGAUGACCUUGGUUUUUCAAUAGUCGAUUAAUCAUUUUAUAUUUUAAUAUAUCUGUCAUAUCACAUCAUUAAACUGUUUAGGUAUAUGGCUUAAAUAAUAAGGCAAAUUUUUACCAUCGAUGAUGAUAUCAUAAUAUGACUUUUAAUAUGUGUUGUCAUAGAUACUAGAAGAAUUUAAAUAAAGGAGGAAACAAAAUACACAAUUUCUAUUUUUAUAUUUGAACUUUAAAAAAUCUUGAAAAAGUACAUAAUAAAUUAUUAACCCGUGCUGCAUUUAUGAUAAUUAGUAAUAGAUUAUUCAUAUUACAUGAUGAUAUUAAUCGUCUAUUUAUAUUUUUAAAUAAAUAAAUUCAGGAACAAAAUUUAACACAUACUAUUCAAUUAAUUUAAAACAGUGUAUAUAAGAUUUAAUGAAUUCUACCAUUAUUUCUCUACUUUGAUUAGUUGAAUAUUAACAAAUGUAAUGAUUGUAAAAAUUUUGAUUUUGUAUGUUUCAUGUUAGGUUCCGAAUUAAUAAGUGUAUGCAAAGUAUAUAAUGGUCCUAAUUAUUCAAUGAAGUAUAAUAUUUAUGGCUACAAGCAAGACUUAAUGAAAGCCUAACAUGAAUUACGUGAUUUCCUUGUAUAUCUGAUUUCAAACCUCCUUUCACGUAUUUGCUUGAAGUAGGUCACAAGCUCUCUGAUGAAAAACUCUAAAACAAACUUUCAACCUUAUUGUAUUAUACUUUUGGUAGAUUUUAAAUAAUAAUUGAAUUAUAUGUACAAGAGUACAUUCAACCUCGAUCUUUCGGAUACACAACGGUUCAAUAAAAAUUGGAUGAUUAUAUUUGUGAUACGAACUCUUGCGUCGUCAUAAUGACGAUAGGCUUAGCAAACUAUGAAAUAAGCUUACUGAUCAGUCAUUGUAUUAUUAUGGGUCAAUAUAGUAAUAAAAAUUAAUUCAAUCGACUUCAGAUUAAUUUAUGAAACGUUGGAAUUAAAAUAUUUGUCCUUUGCCACGUUAGCUGAACUUUUUAUAAAAACACGGAAACCAAUUUAGAACUUUAUCAGCUUUCUAUUUUACGUCCAAAUUAUUUCGUAUCUACAACUCUAAUUUUCCGUAGUAUUAUAAUCAUAUUUUAUGUAUAUUGAAAAAAAAAAAAGACUUAAGUUUUAUAUGCCAGAGCUCAAUUAUAUUUAAUUAUAAAAAUAUACUUAAUGUACUAAAUAAGUAUUUUAUAGUUUCGAGAACUUUACUUUGAAAAGCCAUUGGUGUAAUGAAGGGUCUAAAAUAAUUUAUUGGUUACUGUAAAAUUGCCGGGAAAUCGUCUUAUAAUUUAUUAGACUUAAUUUAUCGGCCAUUUUGUGGUUUGUAAAUCUUUAUAGACUGAAUUUAUUAUUGUUAAUAUUAUUUAUUAAAAUAUAUUUAUACUUGUGCUGUUGUCUAACUGUAUUGAUUUUUUAUUUAUGAAGUGUAUUAGAUUAAUUGUAAAUUAUUUUAUGAUUCAUGUUAAUGUGUCUGCGAGAUGAUUUAGUUUAAUUUCUAGCGAAUUUCGAACAACGAAUGUAUCAAAGAACAAUAAAAUCUAACAUAUCCAUUA